UUCGCAAAAAAUUUCUUCCUCAAUCGGGCGCAAAUUCUUCCAUUUAAACUUUUUCACAUAAAACAAUAAAAAGUCAUUAAUUGUAUUCAAUAACCCAUCAAUAAUAAUUCUACCAUCUUAUAUUAAAAUUAUACAAUUCAAACAAUCAACAAUUUAUUUAGAAAAAUAUCCAAGAGUAAUCGAAAAGUAAAAAUAUCCCAACCUAGUGUCAGACUAAAAAAGAAAUAAAAAUCCAUCUGUGCAAUCAGCCCCCCUGCCGAACCGCUCACCAAUUCAGUCUUUCGCUUUAUAUAGCCCGAAAAAGGUAUACAAUUUUCUCAAUUCUAAUAUUUCUAUGAUUGUAACCUGUCAGGCUAGUCAGCACGCGGGAUUACAGCACGUGUGUGCCUUGUUGGAAAGAAAAAUAAAAAGUUCUUAAUUGUUCUUAUUAAUCGCGAAAGAAUAUCCUUUUUCGGAUUAUUAAUUUAAUUUAUCUCGGAGUGAAAAUCGAAAUUGAAAAAAACUACCAUUUUUUCACACAACCAAGUGUUAAUUUCUAUUUGAGCGCACACUCCAGACAAAACAGACAUCGUUUUCGUACGUAACCCUUCCGAGAAAAGAACCGAAAAGAAAAAUAAAACAAAAUGCCACAAACAUCAUCUACAUCUACUAACCAAGUAAAUGGUUAUUCCAAUUCCAACAACGAUGGCAAAUACGACAUGGAAGACGGACAAUCGUUCCUUUUCACAUCCGAAUCUGUCGGCGAAGGCCAUCCGGACAAAAUGUGUGACCAAAUAAGUGACGCAAUUCUGGAUGCCCUUUUGCACCUCGAUCCCGAUGCAAAAGUAGCUUGCGAAACAGUCACUAAAACCGGCAUGGUUUUGUUGUGUGGUGAAAUCACAUCGACAGCCACAAUUGACUAUCAAAAAGUUGUCCGCGAUACAAUUCAGCACAUUGGCUAUGAUGAUUCCUCCAAAGGCUUUGAUUAUAAAACCUGCAAUGUUUUACUCGCUUUGGCACAACAAUCACCUAAUAUUGCAGCUGGGGUACACAUUAAUCGUUCCGAAGAUGAAAUCGGUGCUGGAGAUCAGGGAAUUAUGUUUGGCUAUGCCACCGACGAGACAGAAGAAUGCAUGCCAUUGACAGUUGUUUUAGCACACAGGCUGAAUCAGAGAAUUGCUGAAUUGCGUCGUUCGGAGGAAUUCUGGUGGGCUAGACCUGACUCCAAGUCGCAAGUCACUUGUGAGUACACUUUGAACAGAGGAUCAACAAUCCCAAAGCGAGUGCAUACGAUUGUAGUGUCGGUACAGCAUUCGGAGAAAAUCUCAAUUGAUGACCUGCGCAAAGAAGUUAUGGAAAAGGUUGUCAAAGUCGUAAUCCCAGCUGAGUACUUCGAUGCCAACACAAUUGUUCACAUUAAUCCUUGCGGGGAAUUCAUUAUUGGCGGACCAAUGGGUGAUGCUGGCUUGACAGGAAGGAAGAUCAUUGUUGACACAUAUGGCGGAUGGGGUGCUCAUGGAGGUGGAGCGUUCUCCGGCAAGGAUUUCACAAAGGUAGACCGUUCGGGAGCAUAUGCUGCGCGUUGGGUAGCGAAAUCAUUGGUCAAAGCUGGCAUUUGUAAGCGUUGUUUGGUGCAAGUGUCGUAUGCUAUUGGAGUGGCGGAGCCACUAUCUAUCACCGUCUUCGAUUAUGGUACUUCGCAUAAGACACAAAAAGAGUUGCUAGCCAUUAUUAAAGCCAACUUUGACUUGAGACCUGGCAGGAUUGUCAAGGACUUGAAUUUGAGACAUCCCAUCUAUCAGCGGACGAGUACUUAUGGACAUUUCGGACGUGACUGCUUCUCGUGGGAGCAGGCAAAGCCUUUGGAUAUAAAUUGACUAGAGGAGAGAGACGGUGAGCCGUUUGCUAAAAAACUUAAAAAAAUCAAUUAGGAAACCAUACAAAUUUUUUUUUAUUAUUAUUUUUAAUUUUAUUGAAAAAAAAAAACUAAAGAAAAAAAACAGAAAAAACAAAAACAAUUGUAUAAGGAACAUUUAACAAAAAAGUAGGAUCACCGUGAGCCUGUUUUUUUUUUUAUUUUAUGAAAAUUAUAAAAAAAAUUAAAUAAGAGUGGUGUUAUAACCUAUAAUAGGCACACGGGAGAAUUUUUUAAGUAUAAAAAACAUUUUUAUUAUAUUGUAUUUUUAUUAAUUUUUAUGAAGAUGAAGAAAAAGAAGGAUUGCUUUUCUGCUUCCUAUUUUUUUUUUCAUUCUUCCUGCAUUCGAAAAAUAAGUUACACAUAUAUAAACGUAAAUAUAUAUAUAUUAUAUUCAAAAUAAAAUGAAAAAAAUAACAAUACAAAGUUGUUCUCUAUCUCUCUCUCUUUAUUGUCGUUUUUAUUUUUAAUUUGCACUACACAACAACAACAAAAAAGAAAGAAAUAUAAAAUAAAAUAAAAAGAAAAAUAUGUUUAAAAUAUUGGAAAUUA